GGAAGCUCGGUGCUGACCUGUACGAUCUUCACCGUCAUCCAUCGCAAGCGACAAUUGUGCCCCGACGAGAACAUGGCGGACUCUACACCCAGCGACCCGCCUCCUGACUACGAAAAGUCCACCGCGGAGAAAGGUGGCCCUCCCCGUCCUCUGCGCAAAGGCCCUCUUCUUCUGGACCUUCCUAUCCUCAAGCACCUAAACUCCAAGCGAGUGAUCCUUGCGUCAGCGUCGCCUCGCAGGAAGGCGCUGCUUCAGCAGUUUGGCCUCACGAACCUCGAGAUCCUCCCGUCUACGAAACCCGAAAACCUGGACAAGACGGCGUUCGGUCCCUUCGAAUAUGUAGCUGCGACUGCCCACCAGAAGUGCAUGGACGUCUACACCACAGCCCUCGAGACCCAUCUUGCAUCGAUACCCGACCCUGAUCUCGUCAUCGCCGCUGAUACCAUUAUCGUCUCCCGGGACGGCCGGAUCCUUGAGAAGCCUCGAAGCGAAGCUGAACACAUCCGCAUGCUGAAGCACCUUAGAGACACGCGGAUGCACAAGGUCUUGACAGCAAUCACUGUUCUUGCUCCGAGAGAGGACGCGAGACAUCCAGGGUACCAGAUCGAUAGCCACACGGAAGAGACCAAGGUAUACUUCCUGAGCGAGUCCGAUGGUCUUCCAGACGAUGUGAUUGAGUCGUAUGUCAAAACUCGGGAGGGUGCAGACAAGGCGGGAGGCUACGCCAUCCAGGGCAUUGGCGGCAUGUUGCUAGUGGAGAAGAUUGACGGAAGCGUGGACAACGUUGUGGGGUUGCCCGUAAGAAGAUGUAUGGCCAUGGCGGAAAAGGUGAUAUUUAAGCAGGCCGAGGAAGAUUUCGAAGGGGAAGAGUCGGAGGAAGAUUAA